AAAAAAAAAACAAAGGGAGACGCCCGUUUGAAUUUGAGGGAUUUGAGAGGAGCUCGACGUGGCCUUUUUUUAAAGUCGUGAAUGCAGAAAAUUUUCUGCAUUGUGGGUAUAGAGUCUGUAAACUGUAGAGUUGCGAGUUCGAUUACUAAACACUACGGUGACAGUGUGGCUGGCUUUUUUUUGUUCAAGUUAGUACUUUCAAUAGAGGGAGAGAGCGCGGUGCAGUGCCCUCUACUCUCUUACUGACCCCGAUUGUAUCAACACCGCUGUCGGAGGUCGUGUCUUCAGUUAUUAUGGACCUGGACUUAGACGACCUAGGCAUCGAGCGCCCCAAUGGCUCAAGCCAGGCAGCUUCCAGAAAACCCUCAAGGUUCCUGCCCAAAUCAUCAAAGCCGAAGCUCCAACCGAAACCAGAACCAGUAUCAGAAUCAGAACCUACUGCCCUUCCUGUAAAGAAACAAGAAGAUUCCCAGCCAUCACUCGAUGCCACUGUCAAGGCAGCCUUUGAACCCUCGCCACCACCAUCUGCUUCAUCGACUCUCAAUUUUAUGGCCAAAGAGGAGGUGGAGCCGAAGGCGGAGGAGGCGAAGGAGGUCCCCAUGGAAGAAGACGGUGACGAAGAUCGAGUUGUUCGCCAAAUUGAUGUCUUCUUUAAUCCUCCUCCUCUUGAUACCGAUACUCAAUUGUAUGUUCUUCAAUACCCUCUUAGACCUUGUUGGCGUCCUUACGAACUGGAUGAGAGAUGUAAAGAGGUUAGAAUAAAACCAAAAUCUUCAGAAAUUGAAGUUGAUUUGCGCACUUAUGAUGGUGAUAACUGUAACAAUGAUGAUGCCGACAAGAAUAGGAAAAUGACAAAGCAGACUUUGUCAUCUCUGUGGAAGCCACCUAACACCACUGGCUAUGCUGUUGGGGUUCUGAUUGGCAACAAGUUACACUUGAAUCCUGUUCAUGCAGUUGUACAGCUUCGGCCAUCAAUGGAACACCUUAAGUCUAGUAAUCUAAAGAAGAGUAAUAUUAUUCCAGAUGAAAUAAAUGAGGAAAAACCAGCAGGACCAUCAAAGAAGCAGGGUAAGCUUUUAGGGUCACCAGAUGAGCAAAACAAAGAUGAUGAGUUGAACUGCUAUCAUCUGACUAUUAAUGGGUUGAAGAAGAGGGGGAAAGUUCUAUGGAGGUGCACUAGAGCUGCUAUAUGCUGGACAGUCUGGGAAGAAAGAAAUCAAAGAGUGUUUCAGGAUAAGGAAAGGAGUUUAAGUGCUGUUUUGGAGGUUGUUACAGCUAGAGUCUUGCAAUGGUCGUGGGUUUCACUUGAAUACCAUCAAAUAGAUAGCAGUACCUCACGUGGAUAUCAGCAAAAAAUGGUGGCACGAGAAAGUUCUCCAAUACAAUUCUCUAUGAACUCGUAUGACUAUCUCAAUUCUUUAUGUCCUGGAACAUCUAGCGACAACAACAGAGUCAAGGGUCCUUCAAGAAGGUUUUUGCUUUCAUUGCCACUGGAGGAGAGGUUCAAAACAUUCCUUUCCAAGGGCACUCAAGUGUAUCGCUUCACUGCCCUUAAGCACUUUGCCCCUGAUAAAUCCGAUGAAGAUCUUUUAGCAGUCCUUCAGGGAUAUGCUGAUUUAGUACAGGGAUUGUGGGUCACGAAAAGUGCAUUGUUAUGUGAAGGAGUUCAAGCUUUAGCUAGAGACUAUGUUCUUCUUUGUUUUAACAAGGGGCCACUAAUCAGCUAUGAAAAGCUAAAUGAGACAGGACUUUCCAGAGAUACUUUGAAGCGUGUUUUGAAUUCAUUGGCUAUUGAAAGGCCUUCUUUCAAAGACUGGAAAUUUAAAGAGCCUACAGAUUUGUUGUUUAUAAAAAAAUUUCCAGAUAUAGUGAGAGGACAACAACACCGUUGGGAAAUUCGAGAAAAUAAGAUCAAAGACUUGAUGCACCGACCUGUGAAAGGUGGACCUGCAAUGAAGCAAAAUACAACUAAUAGACCUAGAAUUUCUUCUAAUGCUGAUCAAAGUGCAAAAGUCAGAUGAAACUCGAGAAGCUCUGCCAAAGGCUCUGCGGGAACUUUUCUGUACUCAAAAGGUUUGCAGGUAAAGUUUAUAGUAUUCUUCUGUCUAAUGUGUUUAUUCAUCAUCAUCAAGUCUUAUGCCAUUCCGUUCUGUCUAAUGUGUUUAUUAUCUAGUGAAUUUGAAACUUCUAUGAUUAUUGAUUAAUUUUUAUUAUCUUCAUCUUACUUUCCUAUGCCUUGAAAUCACGUGGUGAUGUUCUGUUAAUAGCUGAAAGAUGUUUCUGGAGAAUACUUGUUACUUGGAAUAGUAUUUUCAUGCAUGUAAAUUGUAUAAUUUGAACUUGGGCGCAGACUUUGGACUAUUCAUUGAAUCAAAGUUUUGCACUUUUAUCUA